AUGGCACCAGCGACAAUCGAACCGGAGACACGGGGACAGAUCUUAAUCGGCUUCACUUGGGCCUUGGGGAUAUUAACCACCAUCAUCGUCACUUUUCGAAUAUGGUUCCGAUAUUGGCUCCGGGCGUCGAGGAUAGAACCGAAUGGCUGGGGGAAAGAUGACUGGUUGAUUUGCUUGGGGUUGCUAUUUUUCAUUGCAGCGUGUGUCUUUACCAUCGUAGGGGCCUAUUAUGGAAUCGGAUCACGCGACGGCAAGCUCAACGCGGAGCAAAAAUCACUUGCCCUCGAGCUCGUAUUUUUCUUUCAGCUAUCUGAAGCGGGCUUUACGAUUCUGGUCAAAGCUUCCAUUGCGGUUUUCAUGUUGCGAAUCUCGCCAGACAAGCGAUAUCGUUAUCCACUCUGGUGCGUAAUCAUUGCAACCAUUGUUGGGUGUGUUGUUCCAGGCGUGGUGGUCAUCACACUAUGCAAGCCGCUUGCAGCUCAGUGGGAUCCCUCGUUAGGAUCCUGUGGGGAUUACACCAUCAUCGCGAUACUUAGCUAUGCUGUAUCCGUUAUCACAGUCUUGACGGACUGGACUUGUGCCAUCAUUCCCAUCCUCCUUGUUCGCAAGCUCCAGAUUAGGCCGCACCAGAAGGUGCCGCUUAUGAUCACCCUCGGCUUGGGCAUCUUUGCCAGCUUAGCUAGCAUUGGGCGAAUGCCGUACUUGAAAUACUACACUGCCGAAAAAGAUCGCCUUUGGGGCGAGGCCAACAUUCUACUAUGGUGUAUUAUCGAAGGCGCUCUCGCAUUCAUCGCAGCAUCGCUCCCGCCCCUCCGCAAAGCCCCGGGCCUUUGUUUCAACAAGCUAAAGACCACGAUGAACUCACAGUCCUCAAGAACGCGUACGAAUAUACAGUUAGAAAACCAAUCGAAAAAUUUGAGCCAAGUUCGACCGGAUCCUCGAGGUAGUCGAAAUCCGCAAAACAACGACAGUCAGGAUUCGCUGCUGAGUGACCCUCAGAAGGCACCGGCAGCGGUCAUCGUGCAGAAAGAAGUUGAUGUAUAA